AGAAGUCUUCCUUCUUUCUCUUUCGAAUCCAGAGUCGUCUCACGUGAUAAAGUACAAACGUGUUUUUUAAUUUUAUUUAGAUAAUAAGACAUUAGUAUACAUUAAUCACUGUAGCGCUUAAAAAGUUACUUAGAAGACAUUUUUAACAUGGAGCCUAUGACCCUGGGAUCACCGAUGAGUAGUCCUAUACAAAGUCCUGGCACCCCAGGAAGUUCUUCUGCGUACUUGCCAAGUUUUCUCUGGGGUGAUACAAACACUCCGACAAAGAUCAAUGUAAUGAGCCCUCAAGAUAAUCCACGCCAUUUAAAUAUCACCAAUGCCAGUAUGAUGUCGGCAGCUUCCUAUGGAACUCCAGACUAUCGAUCUAAUCGUCAAAAAGCUGUGUUUGGAAACACUACAACUGCUAGUACACCACAGAUGAGCACGAAGAAUCAUACCGGAGGACCACCAACGCGUGGACUGUUUGACAGUUUGGAAGUGCCACAAGUGUCGUCGCCAUAUGUGUCAACUGCACUUCCACCUGUCACGCCUACAUCUGUAAAUCAAUCCAGACUCAUGACGAGCACGAUAAACAGUCCAUUGCUGUUUCCAGACAGUCCAAUAAAUAUAAACGCGAGCGAGUCGCAGAGUUUGCUGCAGUGGGUAACCGUCUUUGGCUUUUUACCAAGCGAUAUCAACGCUGUUCUGUCCCAUAUUUCUAGUAGAGUUCGUAUAGUGGACAAACACCCGGCACCGCAGUCUCAAAGCAAUUGGAUACACUUGAAAUGUGCAUCGGAGCAAGAAGCACAGAGAGCUCUCACGUGCAAUGGCAGUAUUGUUUCCGGUUCGAUUAUGAUCGGUGUCAUACCGUGCACAGAUGAGGGCGUUAUUUUAGGUUGCGCAGACAAAGAGAAUCGUACUAAGCUGAACGGAAGCAUGAGGUCACUUUCGAUGGGCAGAAUCGAACGCUCUCCGUUUAAUGUAUCACCUACUAUGAAACGACGAAAGUUAAGAUCUUUGGCAGCGGGUUAUAAUCAACAUUUUAGUCCACAAACUGCACAAACACCAGAAAAUGUUCCACAAAGAUCUACCGGUUUAGUUUCUAGAGCAAUGGAAUACGUAUUUGGUUGGUAGUUGAUUUAUUUUUUAAUAUCUUUGUGCUAAUUUGAUAAAAAUAUACUUAUUGAAUACUAUCAGAUAAAUAGUUAUACAAAAGAAAAAGAAUUAUAAAAAAGAUAUCUCAAUCUUCUAAAACCUAAAAUCUCUAAAAGAACAUUUUUAACUCUAGCAUAAAUUAUUUCUAAUUAAAUUUUUUGAAAAUUAUGUUCUCUCUAUGAUAUGAUGAAAAUGUAAUGUCUAUUACUUUUUUUAAAUAUAUUACUACACAAUA